UCUUCAAUAAUCGCCGCUCGUUUUUCUCCGACCUCUGCGUUGCUGGCUGGCGUGCGGCGUGCUCCGCAGUCCGCGCCGAGAGCGAAGCUCCUCCAAGGGAAGUUUGGCGGUUUUAACAUCGAACGGCUUGGAAGCGCCAAGAGGAGCAGCGGCCGCACAUCUGGCAGGGUUGCAUCAUUGCCUUGUAAAAGGUCCCGGAUUGAGAAAGUCCCUGCGGCUAAUAAUAUCCUCCUCGGCGCCGCCGCCGCUGCUGUCGCUGCCUAGAAGACGUUGCCGCGAGCCUACGGAGUAAGCGAACGUGCGCCUGCCAGCCCGCUCGUCCACCGUAACAGUGAUGUGAGACGCCACCAGCGAGCCGGAUUUUUGACAUAAAAGAAGAUUUGAAGUUGAAUGCGACUUAAUCAGAAUGAAGAGUUUUGAACUGCCUUCUAUAAAACACUGACAACAUUGGCAAGCUUAAGUGCAAGCAGGAACAGAGCUACACCGAAGGGACAGGAGUGAACCUAAAUAAGAGAAAAUGCCUGUGCCUCCACCGCCAGGACCACCUCCACCGCCAGGACCGCCUCCUCCACCAACACUUAACCAGGCCAACACAGAAAAGCCAUCUCUGAGUAGAUCCGAACAACAAGGAAGAAAUGCGCUUUUGUCUGAUAUCUCUAAAGGGAGGAAACUAAAGAAAGCUGUCACAAAUGACCGAAGUGCUCCAGUUUUUGACAAACCCAAAGGGUCAGGAGGUGGAGGAGGAGGAGGAGGAGGAGGAGGAGGCGGAGGAGGAGGUGGAGGAUUUGGAGGAGGUGGAGGAGGAGGAGGCGGAGGAGGAGGUGGAGGAUUUGGAGGAGGUGGAGGAGGAUCUCCAGGAGGGCUAGGGGGUCUGUUCCAUGGAGGGAUGCCAAAGUUAAGAUCAGCAGGCAACAGAGAUAACGCUGAUUCUGGAGGAGUGAGACCCCCAGUACUUCCACCGGGAGGACGUUCAACCACCGCAAAACCUUUUGGAAGCGGCCCUCCAACACCUUCCAGAUUUCCUGGACCAUCUUCUCCUUCUCCCAGGAACAAUGAUCCACCCAGAAGCAGAAUGACACCACCAAGACCAGACAAUGCUGGUGGUCCGCCACCUGUACCCAGCACGCCUCGCCCCUCCACUGGUGGUUUGCAGCCUCGUGGUCCCCCACCAGUGCCAGGGGGAGGCAGGGCACAAUCGCAAGGCGCUGGACCACCUCCACCAUCUCUUCCAAAUAGGAAUCCAGGACCACCAUUGCCAGGAAGUUCCCCAUUUAAUAGGCAACCUUCCUUCAGCAGUGUCGCAGCUCCCAGCUCAAACAGACCACCUUUGCCUCCAGCACCCAGCCGGCCCACAGAAGACAGACCCCCACCUCUACCAGCUGGAGGAAGACCUUCAUUAACAAGGGACAGCCCGCUGCCCCCUCCACCACCAGCAUCAAUAAACAGCAGGCCUCAGGUCCCAUCUGCACCAAGACCUUCUAUGUCUUCUGCUGCCCCCCCACCGCCUCCACCAUGGAGAUCCACUCCGCCAGCACCACCCCCAAACAACCCUUGUGCUGAUGAAGAAAUCCCGAGACUCCCACAGAGGAGUCAGUCCUUAAACAACCAUGCUCCUACACCCCCCCCAUUGUCUGGACGUUCUGGUCCUUUACCUCCUCCACCACCACUCAACGAGAGGCCUCCACCGCCCGCCAGAGAGCUGCCAGGCAAAUCAGGACCUCUCCCUCCUCCGCCACCUAGUGGUAGGAAUGGGAGCAGCAUGAAGUCAUCUUCGGGGCCACCACCACCACCACCACCUAACAGGCCCGGAGUUGAUUCACCCAGAGGAGGGUCCAGACCUCCUCUGCCUCCUGACCGACCAGGAGUUGGAGCUCCGCCGCCACCACCACCACCCAUGAGGAACGGCUUUCAGGAACACCAGCAGCUGAUGAAUGAAGAUGAAUGGGAAGGGAGAUUUUCUUUUCAUCCCCUUUCUGACUUACCACCUCCUGAGCCAUACAUACCAUCUCCGAAGACUUAUCCCAGCAAAAUUGGACGAAGUGAAAACCAAUCCUCAGGACGAAAGGAGCGAGGGGCCCCACCACUCCCACCUAUACCAAGGUGAAUUGGCGAGUCUUUCCGGAUGACCCUUCUUCUCUGGAGGCCAAUCUUAAUUUUUCUUGUUUUUGCUUUUAAGUCGCCCUCUUCAGUAUCCACUGUUGGUAAGGGGAAGUGGGGGGGGCGACGUUUCUGCCACAUUCUGGCUGCAGUGAGGCGUCUUUAAUCUCUUUUGUUAAUUUAAUCACUGCUGCCUGUCAAGUAUAACGGUGCCUUACAAAACUAAUGAUGCUUUACAGACCAAAGGACCCCUUUUUUCAGAAGGUAACUCUUGUAAAUGAAAUUUAAGAUGGCUUUUUUAAAAAAAUAAAAUGAUAAUAAUUUGUAUUUUACAUUGCUAUGUUAGAAUAGGAUCUUUUUUUAUUAAAAUUAUUUUACAAAUCCAA